AUGACUUCUGAUGAGCGAGGGCAACGAGUGAACGUUGCCAACCUCUCAAGGUUGGUCGAAGUCAUCGCCGACCUCUCCUACAAAGGAUUCAAGGUCGUCCUUAUCUCUUCUGGAGCAGUCGGGAUGGGCUGCCGCGAGUUAGGAUUGAAGAAAAAGCCCACCACACCGGCGCUGAAACGAGCUGUUGCCGGGGUUGGCCAGAGCCGCAUCAUGAGAGUGUAUUCUGAGCUGUUCGAGACCGUUGGGCUCAAGAUCGCCCAGCUUUUGGUGAGUCAGCGAGAUUUUCUGGAGCAGCAGCGCUGGGCGGAAAUCCGCGACACAAUCGCUGCAUGUGUGGAAGCUGGCGUGAUUCCCAUUAUCAACGAGAAUGAUACCACCAACACAGAUGGUAUGCGCUUUGGCGACAACGACAACCUCGCGGCCCUUACUGCGGUGCAGCUGGGUGCUGCGGGCGUGUUCCUGUUCACUGACGUGGACUAUCUCUACACAGCGAACCCCAAUGUCGACCCAACUGCUGAGCCUAUGCGAGUGGUCAACGAGGCCUUCGAGCUGGAGGUGGACACCCGCGAAGCCGGCUCCGCCUUGGGAACUGGCGGCAUGUCCACCAAGGUUGCGGCGGCCCGGACUGCCCACUGCGCGGGUAUUCCUUGCGGCAUAUUGCAUGGCAAGUUCCCGGAGCGCAUUUUCAGCUUCCUCAACAAGCUAGAUGAGGAUACCGACGCUACGCGCACACCGAAGACGCAGACCAGCGCGAGUGUGAGCGAGGCGGAUAGUGCCGAGCCGGAACCGGAGGGCACUCUCUUCGCGGCGCGAGAAGGUGAACAGAGAACAGAAGCCGAGCGCUGGAUUCUCAGUCUGCCAGUUGUCGGUGAUGUGGACGUGCAAACGCCCAACAAUUUGGAGAACCUCAGCCCGUGCGAUCUCCGGGCUACGGUGCUAGCUGCCGCUUGCGAUAGCCUUUGUGGACUCAAGACCCUCUCGAGUACAGCUCAUGAAGGAGGUGUGAGGGUCUUCCACCAGAACGCAGAAAUUGCCCGCAUGCGGGUCAGCCUGGAUGAGGAAGGGACAGCCUGCGUUCCAGAGCUGGAGCAGAGCAUCGUGCUCACUCCUGCAGCAGAAACCCUCUGCUGA